AUGUAUCCUGCGUCUUCUUGUGACGGCAUUUUGCCUGAAGCACAAUUCAGCAAAAUGGGAAGUAGUGAGGGUCAACAGACCUUCUGCCUAAAAUGGAACCAUCACAAGACAAAUCUAGUAGAGAUUUUAGAAGCAUUAAUCAAAGUCGAGACAUACGUCGACUGCACCCUGGUUGUAGAUGAUCAGGUCACCUUCAAAGCUCACAGAGUGGUACUAGCCGCCAAUUCGCCUUAUUUCCAAUCAAUAUUGGCCGAUGUACCCAUGGAUCAUUGCAGCAUACUUUUCCCAGGCGUUAAAGAGUUCGAGAUGCGCGCUCUCCUCGAAUAUAUGUACACAGGCGAAGUAAAUGUGACCCAAGCUCAUAUUCCCCGCAUCAUGAAGGUCGCCGAACAACUGGAGGUAAAGGGCCUGUUCGAUAUGACAGAGUUGAGACGCCGGCCGGGCAGCAGCGAGCGCACACCGGCUGCAUCGCCCCCGCGUGUGGUACCAGCCGCGCCAUCUAGCGUGUCACCGCCCGUACCUAUCAAUCGCUGGCCGCCCCCCGCGCCCCUUCUCUCUGCAGCCUACGAUUCCGCUGAUAUGAACCCGUUGAAACGUAAAAAGCUAUCUAGCAUGUUAGCCACUCGUGACACACCAAUCCUAAGAAACGUCCUCGCUCAGAAUACCUCCGUGGACUCAUCACAACCUAUCUCUCUAGUAUGCCACCCUGUUGUUAAGCAAGAACCUCCGCGCUGGCAUUCCAAUGGCUCAGCGAAUGAAUCAGAGCGACCCCCAAGUCCCCAGCGUCCCUUCGAACACCGCCCACGAAGAUUAUCAUCGCCCCACUACAACCGCUCAUAUCAUUCUGAAGACGCCCAUUCUCCCUACACUGAGCGUUCUUUUGAAGAGGAAAACACUCGCUCAUUCCAUCCCUCAUCUCCACCCACAAGCAUGCAACCAGAUGUUAGAGCCGGCUUAGCGCCGUACGUUCCACCUCAACAAAAACCGGAAUGGAAACGAUACAAGCAAUACACAAGAUCGGAUAUCAUGUCCGCGAUCGAAUGUGUAAGAAAUGGUAUGAGCGCUCUCCAAGCUUCGCGUAAAUACGGCGUGCCAUCACGCACCCUUUAUGACAAAGUGAAGAAACUAGGAAUCACUACAAGUCGACCAAUGAGUCGGGGCAUAAAGAGGGAGUCCAACGGCGCCGCUUUCCCUUACGGCUUGAGCGGAACGGGAGGCAAUGAUGAGCACACACCCUCUAAUCCAUUGAUUGACCCGUCAUUUCUACAACAAGCUUUAGAAGGGGCGACGAGGGACGGGGGCAGGGAAGCCUUACACGCAAUGGCGUUGGCCGCAGCCGCCCACGCCGCUUUGACACCUCGCACGCCACCGCGCUCAAGACCACAGUCCCCACGAUCCCCGGUUCACGAUGAUGACCACGUCGAAGAUCUUUCGGUAACACGACGUCGCGACCCCGAUCCUCCGUCUGGUGUGAUUGUGCCUCCUCGCAACUUCGCCCUCGACUGUAGCAGUGAACGGGAUUAA